CUUUUUAAAAAUCUUGCCUCAUCCCUUUUUUCCAGCAGUGCCCAGUUGGAUCCUGCCCCUCAGAGCCCUCUGUGGGCAGUGCCCGCCUGCAGCCACUCUGUUUGCUUUUAUUAACAGUAACUGGGUUUGAUUUCCUGACUGCAUCGAGCACGUUUGCUGUGACAUUUGCAUCUUGCUCACACUCCUUUCCUCUUUCCCUUUCUUCUUUUCUCUUUUCCCUUCCCCUUCCCCCUUCCCCUUUCCUUUCCCCUUUCUGUGCUAAAUUAGCUGAUCUCUUACUAAGCCCCACUUUUCUUUUCCUCCAGGCUGAGUAAAUUUUACUAAUUCAGCCUCAUAAAAUAACAGAGCAAUUAGUAAUAAAAUAAAAUGUUUGCUUUCCACAAUCCUGCUCACUUACAAUGAAUUGGGAAAGAGUAAAUAGAUUAAAAGCGCGGUGGAAAGCGACCUGGCGGUAUUCCAUAUUUAUUUUCUUCCGACGACCGUAGAUCAAAUUUGUUCAGCCCCUAAGUGGGAAAAGCACUUUAUUUUAUUUUUUUUUUUUUCCCAGUCUCCAGCUCGUGGUGCCGGGCGCUCAAGCUGCGUGUUUGUUCUCUCCUGCUUUCAUCCCAAGCCACAAAGGUCCCCAGCAGGACCUGUGCUGGCAGAACCUGGCGCUAAUUUACCGAGCAGAACGGGCCGAGCUCGCACCUCUCCUGGGCUGGAGGCUGGGAAAAAAGUCCCUUUGCUGACGCUGGAAGGCCGGGGCGGCGGGAGGAGGCUUUGUGGAAUGUGAGGCUGGAUCUGGAGCAAAUCAAAGUCGAUGGCGAGGUGGCCGCUGGGCCGGCUCGGGCACCCGCUGGCAGGGAAUUGCAUAACAGGAUGGGGCUGGGGAUGGUUUUUGGGCUAAACUGGGUGAAACACGUGGCCGUGGCCGUGCAGAGCUGUCCCUGUCACCGCUGGUGCAGGCGGCGCUGGUGUGGGGCGGCCUCGGGGGAGGAGGGAAGGCUGGGCCGAUAAAGAACACACAGGGAGGUGGGUCAGGCUGGUCCUGGGGAGGGACAUCCCGGCUCUUCCUCCCUGGGCUUCAUCCCCCUCGUGUUCCUCCCGCAGAGCCUGCUGCCCCCGGGACACCCAGCGUGGAGGAGCCGCUGCCGGCCGGGGCCAUGAGGACAGCAUCCCCCUGAGCGCCGGGCGAUGAGCCUGCAGGGCCAUCCCUGCAGGAUGCCGAGGCUACGGGCAGGAUGCUGACACCAUGAAGGGCUACCAUGGGGAGCGUAGCCAGACACAGCCCUCCUCCGGCCACCGCUGCCGCUGCAUCCCCGAGGACUGCGAGCGUCCCGCCGACUACAUCCCGCACGGCCCCGAGGGCCGGCCGCCCUACCUGCUCAGCCCCAGCGAGCCGUGUUCCCUGGAGCAUCCCUACUGCCCGGCGCGGAGCCCCGGCGCGGCCAGCGAGUGCCCGGGCGGGCCCCUGAGCGAGCCGCCCUCCGCCAGCGCCAGCAGCACCUUCCCGAGGAUGCACCACGCGCAGCAGCCCUACGACUCCUGCGACGAAUGCAUGGCGACCGCCCACCCCGCCAGCAAGAUCAACCGCCUGCCCCCCACGCUGCUGGACCAGUUCGAGAAGCAGCUGCCGCUGCACCACGACGGCUUCCACACGCUGCAGUACCCGCGGGCCGGCGGCGCCGAGCCCCGCAGCGAGAGCCCCAGCCGCAUCCGCCACCUCGUCCACUCCGUCCAGAAGCUCUUCGCCAAGUCCCACUCCCUGGAGGCGCCGGCCAAGCGGGACUACAACGGCGCCAAGAUGGACGGCCGCGGGGACGGCUACCACCACCACCACCACCACCACCAUCACCACCACCACCACCAGUCCCGCCACGGCAAGCGCAGCAAGAGCAAGGACCGCAAGGUGGACUCCCGGCACCGGUCCAAGAUGCUGGGCUGGUGGAGCUCCGACGACAACCUGGACAGCGACAGCAGCUACAUGGUGUCUGGCCGGCACGCCGCCGACCAGGGCACCCAGUACUGCGUGGACGCUCCCGAAAGUGCCUUCAGAGACUUGACCUUGAAGAGUCUAAAGGGCGGCGGGGAAGGAAAAUGCCUGGCCUGCGCCGGCAUGUCCAUGUCUCUGGACGGCCAGACGCUCAAGAGGAGCGCCUGGCACACCAUGACCGUCAGCCAGGCCCGGGAAGCCUAUCCCAGCGCUGGUGGCACCGAGAAGACCUUGAUGCUUCAGGAAGCAAAGGCCAAAGACCGAGCAUACCAGUACCUGCAGGUGCCACAGGACGAGUGGAGCGGGUACCCAGCGGGCAAGGACGGGGAGAUCCCGUGCCGGCGGAUGCGCAGCGGCAGCUACAUCAAGGCCAUGGGCGACGAGGACAGCGCUGACUCCGACAUCAGCGCCAAAGUGCUGCCCAGGGCGGCCACGCGGCGAGACAGCUACCGCCGCUCCUCCAGCGCCGACCAGGCCAGGACCAAGUUUGCAAGUAGGCACUAUUCUGAUUCAUAUAUCUGUAACUGUCCCAGCUGCUGCACGCCACCGCGAAUGCUCCCGCGGGGACAGAGCUACGGGCGCUCCUUCACCACCGGCCAGAUCAACGACGAGCUCAACCACCAGUUUGAGGCCGUGUGCGAGUCGGUUUUCGGCGAGGUGGAGUCGCAGGCCGUGGAGGCGCUGGACCUGCCCGGCUGCUUCCGCAUGCGGAGCCACAGCUACCUGCGGGCCAUCCAGGCGGGAUGCUCCCAGGAUGACGAAUGCCUCUCGCUCUUCUCCAUGUCGGCCCCCCCCGGGCCGCCCAUCACCAGCAGCAUCCUGAAGCCCAGCACUUCCUUCAGUUACAGAAAAGCUCCACCUCCCAUCCCUCCAGGAACCAAAGCCAAACCCCUCAUCUCUGUCACGGCGCAGAGCAGCACCGAGUCCACCCACGAGAGUUACCUGCCCAGCGAAGUUUCCCGCGGCCCCGCCUGGUCCAAAGACGCCACGGCCCGCUGCAACUCUGCCGAGAGCCUGGAGAGCUCCAAGGUGACGGCCGUGGCCCUGGACCUGCCCCCGGUGCAGCCCCGCGCCGCUCCCAAGCCCUCCACCCUCAUCAUCAAGGCCAUUCCCGGCCGGGAGGAGCUGCGGAGCUUGGCGAGGCAGCGGAAGUGGCGCCCGUCCAUCGGCGUGCAGGUUGAGGCCGUCUCCGACUCGGACACGGAGAGCCGGAGCCAGAGGGAGUUCCACUCCAUCGGGGUGCAGGUGGAGGAGGACAAAAGGCGGGCGCGCUUCAAGCGCUCCAACAGCGUGACGGCGGGCGUGCAGGCGGACCUGGAGCUGGAGGGCUUCACCGGCCUGGCCGUGGCCACCGAGGACAAGGCCCUGCAGUUCGGGCGGCCGUUCCAGCGGCACUCCUCGGAGCCCGAGUCGGGCCGGCAGUACGCCGUGUACAAGACGGUGCACACGCAGGGGCAGUGGGCGUACCGGGAGGAUUACCAGCUGCAGUACGACACGGUGGAGGUGCCCCGGCGGGACGCCUGGAUCGAGCAGGGCUCCCGCAGCCUCCCCGACUCCGGCCGCGCCUCCCCCUGCCACCGCGACGGAGAGUGGUUCAUCAAACUGCUGCAGGCGGAGGUGGAGAAGAUGGAGGGCUGGUGCCAGCAGAUGGAGAGGGAGGCAGAGGACUAUGACCUGCCCGAGGAGAUCCUGGAGAAGAUCCGGAGCGCGGUGGGCAGUGCCCAGCUCCUCAUGUCCCAGAAGGUGCAGCAGUUCUACCGCCUCUGCCAGCAGAACAUGGAUCCCAACGCAUUCCCUGUGCCCACCUUCCAAGACCUGGCCGGAUUCUGGGACCUCCUGCAGCUCUCCAUUGAGGACGUCAGCAUGAAGUUCGCAGAGCUCCAGCAGCUCAAGGCCAACGGGUGGAAGAUUGUGGAGCCCAAGGAGGAGAAGAAGGUGCCUCCCCCGAUACCAAAGAAGCCGCCGCGCUCCAAGGUGCACCCGGUGAAGGAGCGCUCCCUGGACUCGGUGGACCGGCAGCGGCAGGAGGCCCGCAAGCGGCUCCUGGCAGCCAAGAGGGCCGCGUCCUUCCGCCAGAGCUCGGCCACCGAGAGCGCGGACAGCAUCGAGAUCUACAUCCCCGAGGCACAGACCCGGCUGUGACCGCAGCCUCCGCUUUUCUACCCGGACUGCACGGCGCGGCCGUAGCUCACUGUGAUGGGGGGCCGC